AUGGAAGAAACUAUGGCUACAUCUGUCAAGUAUGACGACUGGAGGGACCAUCUUCAACAGCAUGGAUAUACCAUCAUCAAAAAUGCUAUAUCCCCAGAGAAGGCCCAAUACUAUCAACAGCAGCAGAUUGAAUGGCUAGAGAAGUUUACAUAUGGCUUCAAAAAAGAUGAUUCCACGACUUGGACUCCAGAAUAUCUUCCAGCACAUGCAAGAGGGGGGAUGUAUUUUCGCUAUGGGGUCCAGCAUGAAGCCUUCAUGUGGGAGGCGAGACAAGAGGCUGGAAUUAUAGACGCCUUCGCAAAGCUCUGGGGUACUGACGAGUUACUCGUCUCAUUUGACGCAAUGAACAUCACCUUUCCAUCUUCAAAUACAACGAAUUCUCAACCAUGGCCUCAUAUUGACCAAUCCCCUCAGAAAAAGGGUCUUCAUUGUGUGCAGGGAUUCAUCAAUUUCACUCCCAAUGGCCCAGAGGACGGCGGGCUGAUGGUACUGAAAGGAACACACAAAUUAACAGAGAAAUUCUUUGAAACAUUUCCGGAACAGGCCAACCGUGAGAGCUGGGGCCCUGAAGACUGGUUUAGUUUCGAGGCCUCCGAAAUCGACUGGUUCAGAGAGAGAGGCUGUGAGCCAAAGAAGGUCUGCGCCGACCCGGGAGACCUAAUUAUGUGGGACUCUAGAACUAUUCACUACAGUGUUCCCCCUCAGAGUGAACAAAUGAGGGCGUUGAUUUACUUGUGCUAUACUCCGGCUCGGUUUGCUACUCCGGAAAACCUUGAGAAAAAGGCAGUAUUAUUCAAAAACAAACAAGGCAGUACCCAUUGGCCACAUGCAAAUCUCUGGGGUGUUAAUGAGAAAAGAGAUCGUCUUGGGAAAAUAGAUAUUGGUGAUAGGGACCAACCCUUUGAAUAUCCGAUUGAAACGGAGCUGGUACUGAAGCUUGCUGGAGUAAAAUCAUAUUAG